AUGACUGUCUGGAGGAGCAGCUCUGUCACUUUGGCUUGUCUUGGUGUGUUUUUAUUCCUUGUCUCUUCGUGCCAAUCAACGUGUCAGGAAGCAGGGCUUUGCUGCAUCGGCCGGAACCCAUCAUGCAUCAGUAAAGGAUGGAGAUAUGACCGAUCAUACGGCACCUGCUACUGUGACCAAGCCUGUGUGUCCACCCUGGACUGCUGCCAUGACUAUGAGGCAGCCUGCCCAGCUGUGUCCUGUGUGGUGAGUGAGUGGACACAGUGGUCGGGCUGUGCUGAGCCCUGCAGGGCCACAGUCCGCAGGAGGAGCAGGACUGUCCUGCAGGAGCCACUCAAUGCAGGCACACCCUGUCCACAUCUGGAGGAGCACGCCGGCUGUGCAGAGUACUGGUCUCAGCAUGGACACUGUCACAACUCACUUGUCCCAGCACUCAUUACCACUGGUGGCUAUGGCAACGCCAGGAAGAAACGAGACAUUCCUGACAGCAGCGACAUUAUAGGGUAUUGUGUCCAGUUUCAGUUGACCUCUAUGACAAAAGGAUGCCAGCAGAGUGCAGGCCUACACACUCGAUGGAUGCAGUACCUGAUGGAGGGUCACCAUGUGUGUGUCGAGUGCCAGCCGCCUGCUCUCGCUGCCGGACAGAAACACUGUGCCGGAGACGGAGAGGAAAACAGUGAGGAGGGCAGAAAACAGUCUCUCCAGUGGCAGGCAGUGGGAAACCCUCAAUGCAGGGGUGUGUGGAGACGUGUGGGUAGGUUGGAGGCAUGCUCCUGCCCAACAGUCCACAGCUUCCUCUUUAUCUGA